GCAGAUGAGCUAAAGCAAAAUGCCAGACCGCUAGCUGUACUCACUGGCGCGGCCUGCGACCCUGUGACCACGGGUGUGGCCUACGCCUUCUGGACCUACGUCUCCACCUUGAGUCCCACAGCAGGGCCACGCCUGCCAGGAUCCAGGAGGGCCCGCGACUCCUGCGCGACUCCGGCGCGCGGGCGCGCGGAGGGGAGAGAAGGUAACAGCGGCGUGGGAAUGGAGAAGGCGAAGGUGAAGAAGGAGAAGGAAAAGUUUUCUUCUUCUUCAAGCAGUAGGGAAACAGUAAAGUCAGAGAAGGAGAAGAGAAAAGACGUGGAAAUUAAAAUCAAGGGGAAAGAGAAAGGGAAGGAAGACGAGAAGACUGUAGAGGUGAAAAACAAGAAGAAAGAGUCAGUGAAGGAAGAGGAGAAAAGGAAGGAUGUCGAGCAGAAAGGCGACAACGAGAAAGAGUCAGGGAAGGAAGAGGAGAAAAGGAAGGAUGUCGAGCAGAAAAGCGACAACGGGAAAGAGUCAGGGACAGAAGAGGAGAAAAGGAAGGAUGUAGGGCAGAAAAACGACAACGGGAAAGGGAAGGAAGAGGAGAAAAGGAAGAGUCUGGACCUGAAACUCAAAGUGAAAGGGAAGGAAGAGGAGAAAAGGAAGAGUGUGGACCUGAAACUCAAAGAGAAAAUGAAAGUGAAAGGGAAGGAAGAGGAGAAAAGGAAGAGUUUGGAGCUGAAAAACAAAGUGAAAGGGAAAGGGAAGGAAGAGGAGAAAAGGAAGAGUUUGGACUUGAAACCCCAGGGAAAUGGGAAAGCGAAGGAAGAAAAAAAGAAAAAUGUGGACAUGAAAAACAAGGAGAAUGGGAAAGGGAAGGAAGUCAGUGAGGAGGAACAGGUCAAACAGAGCAGUAGCACCUCGAUCCUGUCCCCGCCACUGCUGCCGCCGCCGGAGAAAGGCAAGCAGAUCCUAGUACUGGGCUUGGAUGGAGCAGGAAAGACCAGUGUCCUCCACUCAAUGGCUUCCAACAGAGUGCAGCACAGCUUGGAACCUACCCAAGGUUUUCACGAAGUUUGCAUCUACACUGAAAACAGGCAGAUAGAGUUCCUGGAGAUUGGUGGCAGUGAGCCAUUCCGCUCCUACUGGGAUACGUACCUGCCCAAGGGAUGGCUACUGAUCUUUGUGGUGGAUUCGGCUGACCACAAACGGUUACCUGAAGCCAAGAAAUGCCUUCAUCAGCUAAUUGAACCAAACCCAGAGCUCCCUCUGGUCGUGUUUGCCAACAAACAGGACCUUGAAGAUGCCUAUCACAUUACAGAUAUCCAUGAAGCUUUGGCACUAUCUGAAGUGGGGAAUGACAGGAAGUUGUUCUUGUUUGGAACUCAGGUGACUGAGAAUGGCUCAGAGAUCCCCUCCACCAUGCAAGAUGCCAGAGACUUGAUUGCACAUCUGGCCUCAAAUAUGGAGAAGUGACUAGGGCCCGGCCCACUCAAGUCACCAUCAAACCAUCAUCAAAGAGGGCUGAAUGGCAGGUGUAAGCCAAAGGUUUCCACUUCCAAUAAAAAAUAAACCAUUUCCUAUUCUCUCAAUGCAAAGUGUAUAUACGAAGACAAUGCUAACUCGUUAAGAUCACUUUUUCAUUUUUUUUUUAGAUUUUUUUUAACUUUAAAAUCAUUUUGUUCAAGAGAAAUUUGGAUUUUUGUUUGUUUGGGAUGCCGAGAGUUGAACCCUGGACCUCACAUAUAUUAAGCAUGUCAUCUACUGUGGUGCUGUACCCACACACUCCGGAUGAGGGUUUUAACUCAAAAGUAAAGUUUGUAUAAGCAAGCCUUCA